GCGGUACCUUUCUGACUAAAUCAUACAUUUGUAUUGUUUGGACUGCAGAGAGGAUCAGUCAGAGACAGAAGACCUGAAGGCACAUGUUCCCAGUGAAUCUGAUGUAUUUGAAACAGCACAACACUUUGAUGUCUUGUAGACUUCACCACCAUUUUUUUUGUGAACUUGUAUCUUGAUAUGAUACUAACACAACCAUGGACAGGAACCCCUGGGUUUCAACGCUAGUCAUAUUACUCCACUUGACACUUUACGUAUCAGGGGAGAUGACACCAGGAAAUGUUACUGUGCACAUAUGGGAAGGGAAUGUAACUAUAACCUGGGACCCACCUCAGGGAAAUCCUGGGGAUUACCACUAUAAAGUUCAGCUGUCAAAUUAUCUUGAUUCUCCUGGAGUCUGGGAAAAUGUUUCCCACUGUAGUCUUCUUAAAACCACCAUAUGUAAUAUUGGUUAUCUUUCAGAGGAUUCAAAUUUCAGAGCGCGAGUUGGAUUAGUCACGUCUCAAAACACUAGUUGGAGUUCUAAACGCCAUAUUAAUAUUCGACUCAGUCAGCUGUAUGCCCCAAUCUUCACUCUGUCGUCCACCUCAGACUCUGUGCAAGUCAAGAUACACAGGAAACAGAUACUUGAUGAGCUCUUUACCAAUGGCGUGCAGUACACUGUGUAUCUGUGGCCAGAUGGGCAGGAAAAUCAGACACUGACAAAGAGUGAUGACGAAGUUGAUGAUGGUGGUGAGAUGAUAUUCAUCUCAUUGAGGUCAUUGCAAGUGUACUGCGUGCUUGUGAAAGUGGAGAGUACAUCAACUGCAGCUAGCAACAUCUCUUCUGUGCAAUGCAUAAAGCUACCAUUAGAUGUGACGGUGUAUAUUUGCCUCGUUUCACUGGGACUGUUGGGCAUUAUAGCUUUUCUAAUGCUCUUUAUUUAUUUCCUGAGGCGACCUCAGAAAAUGCCUAGUGCUUUGAAACUUGUUGUAAAUGUAUGGAAGCCCAUGAUUAUCAAAUCUGACCAAGUGGAGACCGUGACGGACAAGGGAUGGAUAAUCAACAACGCAGAUACGAAAAAGGGCAUAGAAUUUACUGAGGAAGACAAAGAGAGGAGAGGAAGCCUGGACAGUGGAGUAAGCAUAGAGCGGCUGCAUCUGUCUGUCAGCAGCGCAAAGACGGAGGAACAAAUCGGAGAUGUACAAGUGGACAGCGGUUGUGGAAGUCUAAAAGGAACUGAGGUCAGUGGAAGUGGUAGGAGAGUCACAAGACAAUUCUCCAUACAUGAGAUACACUGCAGCGGUAAAGAUGAGGGAACAGAGGACAGUGGAUUGGGACUGAGCCAUCAUGAAGUUUCUGGUUCUCUAGAGGGGGAAGACACUGGACUAUUGUCCAACGUAGUGGUUGGGGAUGGAUAUCGGAGUCAGAGUCCCUCAAGUGUGGAGGUGCAAAAUGACAUGGACUCAAACCUGGCUGCUCCAUCGGCUGGAUAUAGGUCUGGUCAGGUGACAUGUAUGUGUUCAGACCAUGAAUAUUGCAUUUGGUGCAAAUUUAAGAAUCCUUUCCCUGAAGACUGUCAACCAGUAACUCAGUCAGGCUUUAGACAAAUUGAUGAUGGUAACUCUGUGACUUCUAGCUACUUGAAGAAGAGUUUUAUACAAACAGUAAACCUUUUAAAUAUGGAGGUCCCAGAGGCAGAGCCUGACCUGUCAGACAAUAACUGCUCUGAGUCUUCUCUCAUUCUCUUGUCAUGUCCACUUCUUCUGCAAGAUGAAAAGAAACAAGGCAGCAUAAUGCACGCAAGGUCUUUCACACUUGAUAACAUGGAACUUACAUUUUCCUGAACUGCUUGCUGUGACUUUUGUUUGAAAAGAGUACAAAUGUGACUGGAAAUAUGGCCUUUAACUUUCAGCUGGAUACUCGCGGUACUCUGAGAAAUGGACUAGUCGUAUUUUCACACAUAUUUUUCACACAACCAUAUUCACUGCAUAAAUUGUAAUUUUAGAUCAUUAAGAGUCUCAUUAUCCAAUGAGGAUGCAAGUAUAUUAUACCUCAAAGCCAGUUUGGACAGAUGGAAGGAUGGAUAGAUGGGUGGAUGAUCUUCCUACAAAAUAAAAAAUAUCAGCCGUAUGCUGCUCUUGAUUCAACUGUAAAACGUUUGUUUUUCUGAAUGUCUGAAAUGUACUACAGUGCAGUAAUAGGACAAUUUAUGCCUCCUUGUUCUUACUUAUUUUAACUAAUCUGUUAUGAUCAGGUUUUUAUUCUGAUAAUAGUUAUUUGGAUUUGUAAGAAUGAACAGUUUGAAACUUCAGAAAGUUGUAUGGAUUGUUCUAUUACUAGUCAAAUGCUGCAAUGCUUGCGGUGGACUUAUGCUGUGUGAGGAAUUCUUCAUGCACAACACAUCUCAAUGUCUGAACACGACAACCAAAGGGAUGUGCACAUGCUUUGCGUAGUAACCCAUCAUAAGCAGAAAAGUGGGAGAAAUCAAAGAACAAACUUUUUUUUUUUCUGCCACUCAGAGUGUCUUCAUCAAGCUUCAAAAAGACUUUAUGUGGGAUACUGUGUAUAUAUAAGAAAUGAAUGCAGCAUUAAUAAAGGGCAAAUGUGCUGUGCUGACUGAACAGGGGUCAGAACCGGAAUCGAUCCGGCGCUGAUGAAGCAGAACCAGUAUUGAUCCUUAUCUAUACUUAUAUUAAGUUUAUUUAUUUAUCUAUUUAUUUAUGUAUUCACGCACACACACACUCACUACUCAUGUACCUACCUUCCUACAUACCAGGUGUUUUUUUGUCACUAUAGGAUAAACACGAUAAUUCUGUUAAAAAAACACAACAGGAACACUGAACCCAGAGUUACAGUAAACCCACCGGACUUCUCAACAACCAAUAGGGAAGUGCUCUUCUUGUGGAGGUUGAAAAUGACUUAACUCCAAGUUUCCUUUUCAAAGUCGAACACGGAAUUAAAAACAGCUUUGUCCACCUUUUUUUCGGAAAUUAAAUGUGUGUCAUUUGGACAAGGUCUGCUCCUGAAGUCAGUAUGUUGAUCUGUUCCCUCGCCCGUCUAAGCGCUCAUCUAAUGACUAAUGAGCCGAUAGAGUAAUGGAUCCCUCCUUAAGAUGGCACUGGAGAUUCCCGCAUGGCGAGGCCAAGUCAAUAAAAGCUAUGCUAAUGUUACGUUAUGUAAAGCUAUGUUAAAAGCUAUGUUAAGCUAAUGUUAAAAAUAAUAUUGAAACUGAGCCCAUGUCUUUAAAUCAACUCUCCUUCUCCAUUCUCAUACCCACGUGGGAUUUCCGCACUUUCCUGUGGUUGGUGGAGACACCUGGCCUUAGCAGAGAAGAAGAAGAAUUUGUUUGUGGAAGCACACAGUUAUUUUCAUUCAUCAUAUUUGCAUGAUCUGAGAGUUUAAAUUAAAACUGCUUAGUUCAAUUUCAGAUCAGUUUAGUGCUAAAUUUGUAAUAACUGAUAAAUAAAUUACUUUAUAAUAUG